AUGCUUAGGAGGCAGUUUGUGAAAUGCCGUCGUCCUACGCGCAGUUUAAAAUGUUGAAGGCGCAUGCGCGCGCUACGGUUUAAAGAAAUUAAAAACGCGGGAAAAGUGAAGUAUGUAAAUUGACGUUUUUAAAUAAACAUGAUUUUAUUUUAAAACACUUAUAUUUUAAUGUAAUUUAAACUAUGCUAUGUUUUCGUGAAUGCUUAUAUUACAUUUGUCAUUAAAAUCUACGAGCAUCAAGAAUGUUGAAACUGAGCAAUCCCAUGAGAUUAGUCGAGAGCGUGCUCCCGAUACUGCGGUGGUCGAAGAGUUACGAUCUGAGGACAGCGAUCGGGGAUCUAAUAGCCGGGAUCACGGUGGCUCUUACCUUGAUACCGCAGUCGAUAGCUUACGCUUCAUUGGCUGGAUUCGAACCGCAGUAUGGCCUGUACGCGUCUUUCGUGGGUGGAUUCGUUUACGCGAUCAUGGGCACAUGCCCUCAGAUCAACAUUGGACCGACGGCGUUACUGUCACUUCUCACCUUCACUUACACAAGCGGCACUAACGCCGACUUCGCCGUGCUACUAUGUUUCAUUGCCGGAAUAGUUCAGCUAUUCGCUGGAUUCGCACAGCUGGGGUUCUUAGUGGAGUUCGUCUCCCUACCGGUAGUGUCAGGUUUCACGUCGGCAGCUGCCAUCACUAUAGCUUCAUCCCAAAUUAAAGGCUUGUUAGGAUUGAAGUUCAGCGCAGAGACCUUCAUAUCGACUUGGAAGGAACUCUUUGUUCAUAUUGGAGAAACGAGGAUGCAGGACACAUUACUCAGCUUAUUCUGCUGCAUUGUGCUGAUGGGAAUGAAGGCAUUAAAAGAUAUCGAAAUCAAAAGUGUAAUAAACGACAAGAACCGAAAAGGUAUGCUGAUACUGCAAAGGUUUUUGUGGUUCGUUGGAGUCUCACGGAACGCCGUGGUCGUGGUGCUAGCUGCAGUACUGGCGUACACGGUACAUGAAGAUAAAAGGGACCCGCUCAUAUUGACGGGUAGCAUUACUCCAGGCCUUCCAAUUCCUCAAGCACCUGCCUUCCACACAACGGUGGGUAAUACUACAUAUACUGCGGUGGAAAUGUUCACGCAUUUGGGCUCUGGUCUCUUGGUGGUUCCAUUAGUUGGAAUCAUCUCGAAUGUGGCCAUCGCCAAAGCUUUCUCGAACGGCAGAACGUUGGACGCCACUCAGGAGAUAGUGGCUCUGGGCGCUUGCAACUUGUUCGGGGCAUUCUUUCGUUCGUUUCCCGUGAACGGUUCGUUCACACGGAGCGCUGUCAGCGAAGCUUCCGGGGUCAAGACGCCGGCCGCUGGUUUCUAUACUGGUGUAAUCGUAUUACUGACGUUGGCCCUCCUGACUCCGUACUUCUUCUUCAUUCCGCGCGCCGCGCUCUCCGCCGUGAUAGUUUGCGCCGUCCUGCACAUGGUCGACACGGACAUACUGAAGAAACUCUGGAACACCAGCCGAUUAGACCUGAUACCGCUGUUGGGUUCCUUCGUAUGCUGUCUAGCAUUGGGUAUCGAAGUGGGAUUGAUAUGUGGAGUUAUAGUAGACAUGCUACUGCUGCUCUACUACCAUUCCAGACCCCCACUCGAUAUAGUUUAUGUUAAUGACGGAGUUUUGCCAGCGCAUUUUGCGAUCCAUCCGUGCGGCGGUUUGUAUUUCGCUGGAGCAGAACAAGUCAGAUCAAAACUGAUAUCUCUGAGAAAACCUAAAAACAACAGCAUCCCGGCUACAGCACUAGAAACAUUAACAAUAAUACCUGAUUCGGAUAAUAAUGGAACUAGUGAUGGGAACAAUAUCGCUAAUGGAAAUCAUAUUGCCAACGGGAAUUUAUCCAAUGGGAAUAAUAAUGCCAACGGGAAUAAUGUUACCAAUGGGAAUAUCAACGGUAACUUUAUAAGGUCCACAGAACUUCUAGUCGUGUAUUGUGACGCAGUGUCUAGAAUGGACUAUACUUUUUUGCAGAGUUUGAAAAUGUUAGUGGCGGAAUGGUCACGUGGCGGUCGCGUUUUCUGGUGUGACGCGAAUCCCUUAGUGAAAGAACAAUUGCUGAACGUUCUCCAGGACCCUCACUUCUGCGACGCCGAGCAGCUCAGGAUACUGUUGGCCGGUACUCUGUCGGAAGAUUCACAGGUAAACAUAAGCGAUACACAACUCUAGAAAACUGACAACGUCCAUUUAAAUAAUAAGAUAAUGCAACUUAUGUUGACGAACCAAAAAACUACUGUAUUUCUUGUUGAAUACAACAAAAAUAGCAAUAACAAUUUCUAUCCAUUAAUAAUAUGGAUUCAAAACUGAAGAAUCCAAAAAAUCACUAAGAAAUUAGAGUAUUUUACUUUCAGAGUUUGUAAUUAGUGCGUGUAUGAUAUAUAUUAGUAUAGAUAUAGUAAUGUAGAUAUGUAUAUGAUAAAGUAUCAACUUUAAAAAUUUACUCGUGACGGCGAAAACCAACUUGCCGAAGCCGAAAUGAAGUCUUUGUAUAAAUGAAAGGUUGUGAUAUUACAAUUUUAGCUUUGAGUGAAUAAUUUUUAUUUAAUUCAUCAUUUAGAUGUGUACUGUGUAUGUUAUAAUAUUUAAUGGAAUCUGUACAGUGUUAUCUUGUUGAUGUUUAGUUUUUAAGUAGUAAAGCAUUUGGAAAUGAACGACUUUUUUUUUGGUAAAGCAAACGUCGUUUUUAAUUUAUUCAUAUUUAUUUAUAUUGAUUAUGGAAAACUUACAUAAAUCAUUUUAGACAUGUUUACAUCUAUUGUCAGUACGGUCAAACGGCCUGCUGCCAGUAAUGACGUAAAUUUUAAAGUUCGCGGGUUUGUAUAUACUUAGUCUGGCUAUACUGUUACAAUUAAAAAUAAACAAAAUAUUACAUUUGAAUUUGGAAUCUGUCAUUUUUAUAUGAUUGCUCAUUGAGUUAUCUCAUUUUGGCGCCAAUACAUUGUACAAUAUUUUGUGAUAUUAAAAUGGAGUGGGGUGAUAAAGAGAACCGAAUCGCUGUGAUUGCAUUACACAAAGUAGGUAUGGAGCCAAAGGCAAUUUUUAAAACUCUCCAUACGCUUGGUAUUAGUAAAAUGUUUGUGUACCGGGUUAUUAAUAGGUGCAAUGAGAUCUCCUCUGUUUGUGACAGAAAAAGAUCUGGCCGUCCACGUAGUGUUCGUACGAAAAAGGUGGUCAAAGCAGUAAGGGAAAGAAUUUGAAGAAAUCCUGUCCAAAAGCAAAAGAUUUUAUCUCGGGAGAUGAAGAUAGCACCUAGAACCAUGUCGCGUAUUUUAAAAGAUGACUUAGGACUUGCAGCCUAUAAGAGACGUACUGGUCAUUUCUUAACUGAUAAUUUAAAAGAGAAUAGGGUGGUAAAAUCAAAACAACUACUGAAGCGGUACGCAUAGAAAAGUUUUGUUUACGGAUGAGAAAUUAUUUACAAUUGAGCAACAUUUUAACAAACAAAAUGACCGUAUUUAUGCUCAAAGCUCUAAGAAAGCUUCCCAAUUAGUCGACAGGGUGCAACGUGGGCACUAUCCGACUUCAGUGAUGGUUUGGUGGGGAAGCUAUGAAGGAGUGACUGAGCCAUACUUGUGUGAAAAAGGUAUCAAAACAUCGGCACAAGUGUAUCAAGAUACCAUUCUUGAGAAUGUAGUGAAGCCCCUUAACAACACCAUGUUCAAUAAUCAAGAAUGGUCCUUCCGGCAAGACUCGGCGCCAGGUCAUAAAGCUCGGUCUACGCAGUCUUGGUUGGAAACGAACGUUUCGGACUUCAUCAGAGCUGAAGACUGGCUGUCGUCUAGUCCCGAUCUUAAUCCGCUGGAUUAUGAUUGAACGCCAUGAUAAUUUGGAGUCCCUAAAGCAAUCCGGUACGACUGGCAGUGAAAAAUUUUCCCAUGGAAAGACUGCGUGCUUCUAUUGAUAACUGGCCUCAACGUUUAAAGGACUAUAUUGCAGCCAAUGGAGACCACUUCGAAUAAGCUUUUUAUACUUCAAAUUGUUUUAUAUUUAUAUAUUAAACUAACACACUGUAAAAGUAAUAAAUGUUUUUUGCAAUCGUUUUUUUUUUUUUAAUUGUAGCUGUAUUUAUGGCCAGACUAAGUAUAUACAUACUUGUACAAGUUCACCGGGCGCCUUAUCAUUUAGACCGACGACGACUUGGUUUGUUUGUAAGCAGUAUUGCCCGUCAGUAAGACAACAAGCAACCAACAACCAAAAAAGCCUCACUAUCGAAUAGGCCCUUCGAGAAAUCAUCUUCGUUUUUUAAAUUAAAAUGAUGAUAAAACGUAGUAUUAAUUUAUAUAAGAAUAAUUAUAACUUUAUAAAAACUUUUCCUGUAAUGAAAACGACUUCCAAAAUACCUAUUUUAAUACAUUACGCUAUUAAAAAAAAGAUUCAAUCAGUUAUAAUUAAAAAAAAAAAACAUUGGCACAUUUAUUUCCAAUUGAUUAAACAAAACGUAUCGCUACCUGUACCAAACAAACCACGUCGAGAAAGACGUAAUUUAAAUCAGACACAUGUAAAAUAUAAAUUUAUCUCUCACAUACACAUUUUAGAUAAUCAAAUUAAAACUAAAACUUUGCACAUUUCGUAUGAUUGAUUGUUUGUUUUUGUAAAAUUUUUCCUUGUUUUUAUACCUUGUAAAAGUCAAAGGUUGACAAACACUGGUAACGAUGUGGACCGACCUAUAUAAAUAACAUAACGAUCAACGAGACGACACAUUUGAGUGAACGUAGCAGAACUAGGCACAAGUAAACCGGUUCCACUGUUAAUACAUUGCGCAAAAAUGAAUUUCGUCAGUGUGGCGUUGUUAAUAGCCACAGUAGUAAUGGCGUCCUCGGCGGAGACAGAUACUCCGAGACAUUAUGACCUCAAUCAAGCCAAAGAAUUGUUCGAAAUUUUCGUCAAAGAACAUAACAGGGAAUACAAGGAUGAUGCCGACAGAGAGCUGCAUUAUCAAUCAUUCAAGAAACACUUGGCAGAGAUAAACCAAUUGAACGAGAAGAAUCCAUAUACUACGUUUGGCAUUAACAAAUUUGCUGAUUAUACUCCUGAGGAACAGCAGAGCAGGUUGGGAUUGAGGCUGGUGAGUUUUAUUUCAAAUUAUGUCUUUCUGCAUUAUAUUGAUGUCAUUAACGAAAUCAAAACAAGCUGCGUCAUUUCAACACACUUGCCUUGAUAAACACGACAGUGAUAUCAUUUAACCACAAUUCAAUUAAAACUGGUCUGUAUGGCCUGGUGUUGAAGUUCUAAGUUAACUGCUUUUAGUUUCAUUUGACAUGAAUUCCAUUUUGGAGUUCAUUGUUUUUCUUGAUGCAGACAAAAACAAAUUCGUUGUUUAUACAAUUUGGCGCUUGCGACGUUUUAAUGUUCAACAAUUUUGAGGAAAUAAGUUUUGUACAUAUAGCUCACUUUACACAGUACCGUGUGCAUUAUUGUGUAAAUAUAAUAAUAUAUAUUAUUUAAGCAUUAAUGUUCCAAGUUUCCAACGCCAUAUGUUCCUGUCUGAAUUUAAAAGCAUUCACCGUAUCUAAACUGUGUUAAGUGGUUGCCGGAUAACUUUUUUACCUACCUGUUCGCUGGUAGCCUAAGGAGCUAUUUCAAGUUCUCGCAGACGAGUAGAUGGGCUCACAGGCUUAACCUGAGAGAAUUUACUAACACUAGCCCUAGCAAGUGCAGUGCUUCGCAGAAUCUACCACCGGAUAGGAAUCAUGACCCACUGAGAAGAUCCGACGAGAAACUCAGUGGGUUAAGCCUGUGCCCAUAUAAUGACGUGAAAACGACUAGAGAUUUGUAUCUCAACUGUUGUGUAAUGAAUACGCAAAUUGUAUUUGUUGAGGAUUUUUAAUUUUAUUAAAACGACGUAGUUCCUUCAUCGUGGAAAUCAUUAAUGAACUCGUCUUCAGUAUACAGUUCAUUAGAUAAUAGCUGCCUGCAUUUGAUUUAGAUGUGAGCAUCGACGUUGUCCCUUUGUUCGAUACGAGUACACUGGGCAUCUCAUCCAUUCGGUCAUGUUGUUUUUACAUAAGGAAAACAGAAUUGAAUUAAUACUAAGAUGCUCAAUAUAGAAACUGAAUAUACUGCAAUCGUACAUAUGUGUUAGCUUUGACACGUUGAUGCUUGGUGGUUGUUGUUGGAUAUCAAUCCUUGUUAAAAAAAAAUUAACUAGUGGGAUGUAUGGAAUUAAGCACCAAGUUUGAAGUACCGCUAAUACCUAUUGUUUCUCUAUGAAAAUGGUAUAUGUAUUUUAUUUGAUGAGUGUGCACAAAGACACAAUGUCAGAGGAGGACUGAGAGAUUAUGAGAGAAAGAGAUGAAUAAUGUAACGCCAAACUUAACUUAAUAUGUUUUAUUUUUCAGCCUGCUAAGAAGACAUAAGUUCUGCGACUUCAGUCUAUCGGAAUGCUAUUCCAAACGAAAUAAAUGUAUUGUGACUGCUUGUAAAAUGUUUAAAAUUUAUCGAAUAUGAUUAAUAAACUAUUUGAACCAUU